AGCCAGCCAGUAGCUAUGGCGGUUUCCCAUGCCGGGAAAGGUGGGAACCAAGCUCGGCCCAGAAAAACCUCAGUCCGUGAUUUUGGCCUCGUCGUCUCGACCGCAUUACGCAGCCGUCAAUUCCGUCUCCGGAACACCGCCCACGUCCACCGUCUCCCGCGACUCCGAAAGAGCAGAACCUCGCUCGUUCUCCCCGCUCUCGCAACCCCCUUCUCUCCGCUCCGACCUCUGUCCACGCGAGUAAUCCUACCGACACAAUGGCGCCCGUCUCGAUCGUUUCCCGCGCCGCCAUGCGCGCCGCUGCCGCCCCCGCCCGGGCCGUUCGCGCUCUCACCACCUCGACUGCCCUCCAGGGUUCCUCGUCCUCCACCUUCGAGAGCCCCUUCAAGGGCGAGAGCAAGGCCGCCAAGGUCCCCGACUUCGGCAAAUACAUGAGCAAGGCGCCCCCCAGCACCAACAUGCUCUUCUCCUACUUCAUGGUCGGCACCAUGGGCGCCAUCACCGCCGCCGGCGCCAAGUCCACCAUCCAGGAGUUCCUCAAGAACAUGUCGGCUUCCGCUGAUGUCUUGGCCAUGGCCAAGGUUGAGGUUGACCUCAACGCCAUCCCCGAGGGCAAGAACGUCAUCAUCAAGUGGCGUGGCAAGCCCGUCUUCAUCCGUCACCGUACCCCUGCGGAGAUCGAAGAGGCCAACAAGGUCAACGUUGCCACCCUCCGUGACCCCGAGACCGACGCCGACCGUGUCAAGAAGCCCGAGUGGCUCGUCAUGCUUGGCGUCUGCACCCACUUGGGUUGCGUUCCCAUCGGCGAGGCCGGUGACUACGGUGGCUGGUUCUGCCCUUGCCACGGUUCUCACUACGAUAUCUCUGGCCGUAUCAGGAAAGGACCUGCCCCUCUGAACCUCGAGAUCCCUCUCUACGAGUUCCCUGAGGAGGGCAAGCUUGUCAUUGGUUAA